CUGUAAGCAUUAAGAGCUAAAAAUCUAGUCUGUACACAUUUGAUACGAAUGUGCGUUUGCCAGCGUUAUAAAUUCCAACAGUGAUGUGUUCUCGGUAGAGAAUUACACAGCAGUUCGUUUAACGACGUCAGUCUACGACGGAACCUUCGUCUGAACAGAAGUUGACAGCACAUCGGCAUGGCUGACUAUUUUCAAAUACUAAGUGCGAUCGUCGCAGUUCUUCUCGCUGUGUAUUAUUACUUAACAUCUACGUUUGAUUUUUGGAAAGAUCGUGGCGUUGUUGGGCCCCGACCUAUACCAGGUUUUGGAAAUAUCAAAGAUGUUAUGCUGAGAAAAAUCAGUAUAGGCGACUAUAUAGCACGCCUGUACGAGAAAUAUAAAAACGAACCAAUGAUUGGAAUAUUCGUGAGAGGAUCGCCUUCGCUUAUUCUCUGCGAUUUAGAUCUCAUCAAGGACGUUUUAAUCAAAGACUUCUCUACCUUCGACAAUCGAGGACUGAAUGUUCCUGAACGGACUGAUCCAUUGGCUACAAAUCUCUUUAACGUAGAAGCGAGAAGAUGGAGGCCUUUGCGAACGAAACUCUCACCAGUAUUUACUUCCGGUAAACUAAGGGAAAUGUUUCCCCUGAUAUUGGAGUGUGCCGAAAAUUUGGAACAAUGCUUGGAGAAGAUUACAGAAAAGGGAGGCUCUAUAGAUUGCCGCGAAAUAACAGCGAGAUUCUCUACUGACGUUAUUGGAAGCUGCGUUUUUGGUAUCAACAUGAAUGCACUGUCAGACGAAGAGAGUGAAUUUCGAAGAAUAGGAAGAAAAAUCUUUGAUCAAAAUUUGAAAACGAUCCUCAGAUUAACCUUUCGAGAUACUUUUCCACGGUUGUAUAACUUUCUUUGGUUCUUGAUACCACAAUCGGAAGUAAGUACAUUUAUUACAAAACUGGUCGCGGAUACGAUGAAAUAUAGAGAAGAAAAUAACGUCAAUAGGCCGGAUUUUAUAAACAUGCUGAUGGAACUGAAGAAACACCCGGAAAAAUUAGCGGAUAUCGAGUUAACGGACACAAUUCUCGCUGCGCAAGCUUUCGUCUUCUUCGCGGCUGGAUUCGAAACGUCUUCGACGACAAUAUCGCAUGCACUGUACGAGAUGGCCCUGAACCCUGCUAUACAGGAUAAACUUCGGAGAGAAAUAAUAGAAUUCCAUGUCAAAAGUAAUGGAAACCUGAAAUACGAACAGGUCAAAGAAAUGAAAUACUUGGACAAAAUAUUCAAGGAAACGCUUAGAAAGUAUUCAGCGGGAACGCUUCUAAGGCGACAAUGCAACGCUAAUUAUACCUUUAAUGGUACAAAGGUAACGAUUCCUAAGGGUACCGGAGUAUUUAUUCCCGUGUAUGCGAUUCAAAGGGAUUCCAAUAUCUAUCCGGAUCCUGAGAAAUUCGAUCCGGAAAGAUUUAACGAAGACGCAGUAGCUGCCAGACAUCCGAUGUGCUAUCUACCGUUUGGCGAUGGACCAAGAAAUUGCAUUGGAGCACGUUUUGCGAUUUAUCAAACUAAAAUGGGACUGAUAAAAAUAUUACACAAGUUCAAAGUUGAUAUUUGUGAAAAGACGAUAACUACUUAUGUACAUAAUCCGAAUUCCCUUACAUUGGCUCCCAACGGUGGAAUUCACUUGAAAAUAAGCAAAGUAGAAAAUUGAAUUUAUUACUUGAACUCUAGCUAUUCAUAGAUUUUAACUUCAAACGUAACGUAACAUAUUUUUUACUUGUCGCUUCAAGAUUUUGUAUUUUGCACUUUUCGACUGUUCUAUAAUAAAAAAAGAUUAUAAAAACGAA